AUGCAGCAAUCACAAAGACUACAAGGAGCACCAGCCGUAAAGGCUAAUGCUACCGCAACUAAUGGUUACACAAAUGGCGCGAAUGGAUACUUCUCUCCUCCUGAUUCGCCAUCUCUUCGCUUCGGAGGCUCUACCCGAGGCAGCAGAAGGAUGACGUCCUCGAGCUGGUCUGUUUUGAAGAGCUCAUCGAGCGAGAAGUCCACCAUUGUGAGAGAUACCGCCAUUCAUCUCAAACGCAAGAGCACUUCUGAACUUGGAGCUGGAAUCUCUGAUACCGCAGAUAACGUCGGUUUCAUCAACCUAGUCGAGUGGAUCCGCACCGAGCGUCUCCACACUCUCCCGCAUAAGGGAUCACGAUGGGAUACCGUCCUCAUCCGAGCUCUCUACUUUGCAGAGCGUCUGCACGGUUUUGAGUCCGCACUGAAAGGUCAUGCCGUUGACAGUGAGCAUGCGGCUCAAAUCGGCUAUGGCCAUGUCAAGGUUCUGCUCGAGCUUGGUCAUGAGAAUGGCGCCGCUCUCGACAAAGCUUUUGGCUUCAUGUACCGCUGCUCUUCUGCAGUAUCCGCACUUCUCGCGCGCUCUGAGGUGCUGUCAUUCUCCUCUGAAAUCUACCAGCAGCUCUGCAUGAUGUAUUCAGAUCUUCUGACGCUGGUGGUCGACGUCGCUGUACGUUUCUACAAGGCUGUUCAUGGCAACAGUGGCGAGCAGGCCAGCUUGGAUAUGUAUCACGUGUUUGGCUCGACCAUUCAGACUUUCCGCGAACGCCGCGACAAGCUCACCAAAGCCAUCUGGAAAGACCAGAUGGAGUCUGAAGAGUUUGGAGGAGAAGCUGAAGUGAACGUCCUCGAACGCUGGCUGGCCCCGGAGGACCGAAUUUUAGAAACACUCUCCCUGGACCACACCUUGAUCGCCGAUGACUUGGCCGAGUUCACUUGCGUCUGGUUUAACGACGAGCUCAGCAAGUUCGUGAAGAGCAGUGAUAGCACUUUGUUGAUCAACGGCCCUCAGGGCUCGGGCAAGACCACGCUCGCCGCUUCUCUCGCCGAGAGACUUCAACGACCAAUUGCUCGCAAGACGUACUCCACGAUCUUCGUCUCUGUUGGUGCCGUUCCGUCGCAAGCCAAUUCCUUCAACGUGGUGAAGGCCCUCCUCCACCAGCUCCUCUCUCUACGUGUAGGCAACCUCCAUCUGGUUCGCGCAAUCCUCACUGCCUACGAGCAGGCUCGAUAUGAGCCGGAUCCGGCCAAACACGAGGACUUGCUAUGGGUUGCCUUUGAGGACGCUUUGCGACACCCUAUUGAGCAAGGUCGCGAUACCGUCAUCGUUGUCGAUGGUAUUGAUGAGGUCCUUGGCGGUGCUUCUGCUGGCCAAAGUCUGCUGCAGCGCCUCAUUAAAAGUGUAGAGCAAGGAAAGUGCGUCAAGCUUAUUGGCAUGUCGCAGAACCUGUCCCUUCCUUCAGGCACCAAAGGUACUCGGCGCUCUCUAGCUCGUGAGGAGAUGAGAGACGAUGUGCACGCUGUGGCCCUCAGAGCACUCAUUCACUCGUCUCACUUCCGUCAAAAGACUGGACGCGAGCAAGAGACCAUCAUCAGCCGCAUUAUUGAAGCUGCUUCUGGGGAUUUUCUGUGGGCUUCUCUCACAGCCGAGGUCCUUAAGCUCGAGAAGACUGCCGACGACUUCAACAAGGCUGUGAAUAACGUUCAGAGUCCAAAGCUGACUGUGGAUGAUCUCGUGCACAUUCUGGUGAGUCGUCUUCAGCCGACCGACGACGCGAAGCUCCUUCUCUCCUGGCUAACGUUCGGCGCUCGUCCCCUUACAUACCAUGAGAUCGAGUGUAUCUUUGCCAUGAAUGUGCAAACUGGCGACAGAGCAGACCGCCGCGUCGACGUUCACAGUACAGUGUUCUCGCUCAAGCCUCUUUUCACCAUUCAGGAGGAUAUUGUGCGACCACGCCACACACUGGUGCAGCAAGCUGUACGGAACUUGAUCAAGAGUGGCAAGAUUACGAACACCAUCAAGGACCAGCCAACAGACCUGCUCUUGCGUCUGUUGACCUACGCCAAGGUCACUCUGACUGAGAAGGGCGAGCCUACUCUCGACGACUCCGAUCGCAGCAUUGUUGACCACUGGUUCAGCAAGAAUGUACUGCUCGAGUACGUUGUCCGCUACUACACAUGGCAUCUCAAGCAGACCGGAGUUGUGACCACAACGACCGGCAAAGCUCCAGAACUCAAAGUGACACCAGAGCUCCAGAAGGUGUUCCCAGACAGCACUAUUCUCGCUGUACUGGAAUGGCUCUGCUGGGAGUACCCUGGCGCUCAGGAGGUCGAGUAUCACGAUCUCGCUGGUAGACUGAGAACUAAGAUCUUCACUGAGAAGCAUCCCUCGGUCAUCCAAUCCUAUAUCAACACCGCCAGUUACUGGGAAGUCAUUGAGGACUGGACUAAGGUUGGUAAUUAUUACUACUCCAUCUGCACCCUUGGCCGUGAUGUGCUCGGCAAUUCGCAUCCCAUCGUUGUCGAGGCCUGCAACCGCUUCUUGCGCAAUACCGAGACCACCACCACCAUCACAUCCAGGACUGAGCUUGUUACCAGACGCGAGACAGUGUUGAUUUGGCUCAUCUCGGCUUACGAGCGACAGUUUGGCGCGCAAUCUGACAUGGUCAUCCGGGUUCGUGAGCUUCUAGCGGAUCUCUAUAUGGCCAUCAAGGAGGAGGACAAGGCGAAGGAGAUCUUGCGCGUUAUUCAUGGGCACACCAUCGCCGAGCAUGGCCGUGACUCAGACCGGGUCCGUGAGAUGGACCAGCACCUCCGUGUCAGCCUUGGCAAGAAGCGCGACGGCAAAGAGCUUGAGGGUUAUGAGCGUGGCAUCUUCAUCGAUGAGGACGAGGACGAGGAAGCGACUGCGAUCACCAGCAUCGAGCAGGUUGACGCCAUGCUGCUCGAGAUCAAGAAGUACAUGGAGCAGAAGGACUACAUCCGCGCAGAGCAGAGUUAUGUCGAGCUCUGGCAACGUCUCUCCGAGAAGACUCGUACCACUCUUGCUGUUGAGUGGCAUGAAAAGAAGAUUCAGGUCAUUCAGCAAUACGCCGAGUACCUCGAAAGCCACAAGCGACGCACUGAGGCCACCAGUCUCCAGACAUCGCUCUGGCGAGAGUACGAACAUCACGAGCUGUCGUACAAUGAGAAAGUCGUGUCUCACCUGACAAAGAGUGCUCGCUUCCUCAAGACAGUUGGAGAGUACUCGGCGGCUCUGGCCAUCUUCAGGCACGCCUCCUCUUACUUCCGCAACACUCGCAAGGAAGAAUCUCGUUCUCUGACCGAGAUUGAAGAGGAGAUGACUGUCAUCUCGAACCAGGCUCUGACACAGUCGACUCGAGACGUGAAGCAGUCGACGUCGACCUCCGAGUCCUCUCACCACGAGAUGUUCCAGGUCUUGAUUAGCAACAAGAGCAAGAGUGUUGAAUCCAGCACCGUUACUCUUGCGAAAUCGCUCACUAGCCGCUACAUCGAGCAGAAGCAGUGGUCCAAGGCGAUCUCAGUCAUCCAUGCAACUCUCGAGCGGACAUGGAGCUCCUUCUUGUCCAAGUCCAUUCAUGAGGUCACGUUGACCUCCACUUAUCAGAAGGAGAGCAUCGAGUUGGUUGAGCAGCUCGCGCAAGUGCACAUUGAGAGGCGGCAAUGGGAGAAGGCAGAGGAGGUGUACAGCCGUCUCUUCAGAGCCUCCCUUACCAGCACCAACGACACGACGCUGCUCGAGAAGGCCAAGACUCUUCUGAUCGGCUUCUACACGCGACGCGGCCACGCAGGGAAGAUCAUCUCAGUGUACCAGGAGCUUCUGGCUUUCUAUCGGCGCAGUCUUGGCCCUAGCCACGAGACGACCAUUGCCAUGCUGUACGAGCUGGGGUCUCGUUGCCGAGCACAUGCUCGCAGCCAUCCGUACUGGCUCGAGUAUUACCAGCAGAUUGUUGCUGCUCUGAACAAGGACUCCCACGUGUGCCACCCACGUGCGCUGGAGGCUGCAUUGAUUGUGGCCGAGUCGUACUGGGAGGAGCGUCGCUACAGUGACGCCGUCGCCGCAUACCAGGUCGUUUGGACGACUUUCGUGCAGAAGCACCAGGAGUUCAAGUACUUCGGCGAGAGCAAGAACGCCCAGAGCCUGUACGAGCGCUACUACCAGAGCCUCGAGGAGAGCCAGGCGGACUUUGACGUGCUGCGCAGCGUGACUUCGCAGUACCGCGAGACCAGCAAGGCUGUGUUUGGCGCGCAGAGUGGCAUCUUCGUCGAGGCGACGGUGGCGCUUGCGCGUGUCACGCAGUCCAGUGAGGCUCACAUGGACGAGUGCAUCUCGCUCUAUGAAGAAGCGGCGGCGGCGGCGUCUGCGUCGAAGUCGUCGUCGUCGUCGUCGUCGCGCGAUGUCGACGUCACGCAGGCGCUCACGUCCUUGUACCAGAAGCGCAUCUUCCAGUCGGGCUCGGCGUCCGCCAGCUCCGAGACGAUCGCGCGGGCCAGCACUGUCUACCAGGAGCAGCUGCAGCAGCACAAGAGGCAGUACACGUACGCGCAUGACGACACGCUGGGCAGCUUGCGCGCGCUGGCCAUGCUGUACGUGCGCCAGCAGAAGACGGAGCUUGCCGUCAAGGAGCUCCACUUUGCCGCGGUCGACAUCGUGCAGCACGAGGAGUCGUCGGAGAAGAUGUACCAGAGCGCGACGUCUCUCGCGCACGCCUACCGCGCCGCCGGCUUGACCGCGCAGGGCACGCAGUUGAUGGAGGAGCUGCACUACCAGCUCGUCACGCGCGAGAAGCGCUCCACGUCUUCGUUCAGCGUCGUCGACAGCGCGCAGUCGGCCAUCUUCUUCCUGGCCGUCAUGCAGCAUCAGCUUGGCAACGACCGCUCUCGCACCCUGUCCGAAAUCAUGUCCCGCGUGACUGCCGAGUCCAUCGCGUACGCCAACUUCAAGCAGCUGGUCAAGAGCAAGGCUUCUCUCGACAAGCUCCUGCUGGCCGCUGCGCCGCUCCGUCACUUGCUGCGUGUCUGCCACCACGCCCACCUGAUCCCAUCCGUCGACUCUCCGUGCGUCGACAUCUUCGUGGCCCGCGAGGCUGCCAAUGUCUCGUUGCUCAGCAAACACUCGCCCCGUCUGUUCAUCGUCGGCAUUCUGGACCACAUCGCCAACCGCAAGUGCCUGGACUUCGUUCGCUCCGUCAUCCUGUCGACCACCAAGACCGUCCAGCACCUCGUCGACAACAACAAGUUUGCCGAUGCCCACGAUGUCGCCAAGAUGUCUUUUCUGUAUGCCCAAUUUCGAAAAGGCUACAGUGGACCAAAGGGCAUCUCGCGCGGCUUCGAACUUGCCUCCUAUCUCGAUGGUCGUGGCGAGAACCGCUGCCCCGAUGCCGAGCUUCGCAAGAAGCUGUUGGCCUUGUCGAACCAGAUCGUCAAGGAUAUUUUGAACAUCUGCCGCGAGCAGCAGAUCAAUCUUGCGCAAGUAUCGCUCACGGAAUUAAACGAACUCAUAGCCUUGUUAGGUGAGCAGCAGGACUACGAGACGCUAGAGGAGCUCCUCAAUACGCUGUGGAAUACGCGCGAAGCCCAGCGCUCUUGGCCAUCCGACGUUCUCCUCAACCUUGGUCGUUGCCUCAUUUGCGCCCGCUACCUCGCCGGCUACCAGAUCAAGGCCGUCCGCCUCGCCGAAGAUAUUGCAUACAACCUGCGCCGCGUCAACGGUAUCAAGCACUCCUCCACCAUCGAGGCAUACGGUCUGCUCGCUGAGCUGUACUCGAGCGUUGGCAAUCAUUACCAAAAGGAGGCAGGGAAUGGGGACAAGGCUGCUGGGCCACUGGCAGCAGAGCACUUCAAGAAGGCUAUGAUCGUCCACGAAGAUACCUUGCGAUGGUUGCUCUCGGACACCACAGGCGGUGAAGUCGGCGGUGACGCGGAUGAUGACGAUACUGCCGCGACGAUUCUUGCUGAGCACGGCGUUCAUGUCAAUGCAGAACACAGUGGCCAUGGUCACGCUACUGGCAAUAUCGAUGACGCCAAGCGUACUCAGCUCGUGCAGAAGCACAUGCGUCUGCUCAAGCUCGCAUACCAGCGCGUUGGCCAAUGGCCGAAGCAGUAUGCCGUCUACGAGAAGUUGAACGCCGAGCUCUUCAAAGUCUUCCCGGAAGCACUCAAGGGCUAUGAGGGUGUUGAGAAGUGGCAGGUCAAGGGCUUCGGUUCUGGAAAGGCCGAGAGCAAUGAAGGCCAGUUCAAAGGGAGCGCUCACUGGGAAAUCCUGGCUGUUUGAAGGAUGGAUGGUGCUUUUGUUGGUGUUUGUCACUUUGAUCAUGCGGGCUGGUGAAGUGGAAUGAUAGGAUGAAAAGUAAUGGAGUAAUGUGUUAAUGUGGGAUGACUUCGCCAGUAUUGUGUGAUGCGGUCUUGAAAUGUCUUUCUUCAGUCUUGGAAUUUCUCAUUUCGCAACAAGGUAUCCUGUGGCACUGCCGUUCGGAAGGGCUAAAAAAAUAUCCUGUGGCUCGCCGCGUAAGCAAUCCAAGAAUCAAGAA